CAGUCUAGCAGCAAGAAAGGGAACGCCCAUGUGGAGAUAAGGAAGGUAAAGUGUCAGGAAGAAUCAUUUAAAGCGUCACAGGACACACAACAGCAAGAUCUUUUUAGCGUUUCAACAUGAGCAAGCAAUACAAUCAAGGGUACGGAGGUGCCACAGAGCCAAAUGAAAAGAGGAUUGUUCUAGUCGGGAAGACUGGAGUGGGGAAGAGCGCCGCAGGAAACACCAUCCUGGGGAGGGAAGCGUUUGAGUCUGAGCUGUCUCCAUCUUCCAUGACGGCUGAAUGUCAGAAAGCUAAGGGGGCUAUUGCGGGUCGAAAGGUCGCCGUCAUCGACACUCCGGGGCUGUUUGACACUAAUUUCACCCAAGAGGAAGUGCUGAAGAGGAUCAAGAUGUGCAUCUCUCUGUCCGCUCCUGGUCCUCAUGCCUUCCUGGUGGUUCUCCAGCUGGGCAGGUUCACCCAGGAGGAGAAGGAAACCGUCAAGAUGAUUCAAAGCACUUUUGGCGAAGAUGCAGCUAAUUACACAAUGGUGUUGUUCACACACGGAGACCAGCUGAGGAACCAAACCAUUGAGGGCUUCAUUUCAGAGAGUCCUGACCUGCAAUUCAUCGUUCAGAAGUGCUACCAUCGAUACCACGUCUUUAACAACGAAAUCAAAGACGAUUAUCAAACCAGUGAGCUCCUGGACAAAAUUGACAAGAUGAUUAUGGAUAACGAUGGAAGCUACUACACCAACGAAAUGUUCCUGAGAGCAGAGGCAGCCAUAGAGGAGGAGACACAGCGAAUCAUGAAGGAGUUGGAAGACCAGAGGAAGAAAGAGCUGCAGGGACUGAAAGUCAAAUUUGUGGGAAGGCGGGCCUUCCACAGGGAGGAGAAGCGGGUGCAUUUAAAAUAUGAGCAUGAAGCCAGAGCUCGAGCUGAAAGAACAAAUGCCUUUACCGCUACUCCGACAAUCGCUAUAGCAACAGCCUGCGGCGCUGCUGUCGGAGGUGUGAUUGGACUUGCAGGAGGUCCAAUUGGUGUGGCAGUUGGAAUAGCAGCUGGAGCAGCUGUUGGAGCCACCGUCGGUGUCAUAUCAGCUUCAGAGCGUUGCCAUGUGCAACCAGAGAAUGGGGGUGUGGGAUCUCGGAAGCAGAAGCAUAGCGAUGAACUCCGAAUCAUUUUGGUGGGGAAGACCGGAGCAGGGAAGAGUGCAGCAGGAAACACCAUCUUGGGGAGAGAAGCGUUCCAAUCUGAACUGUCUUCUGCUUCCUGGACGUUUCAAUGCAAAAGAGCUGAGGGAGAGGUCGGAGGUCGAAAGGUGGCCGUCAUCGAUACACCGGGGCUGUUUGACACUAAUUUCCCCCAAGAAGAAGUGUUGAAGAGGAUGAAGAUGUGCAUCUCUCUGUCCGAUCCUGGUCCUCACGCCUUCCUGGUGGUUCUCCAGCUGGCCAGGUUCACCCAGGAGGAGAAGGAUACCAUCAAGUUGAUUCAAAGCAUUUUCGGUGAGGAGGCAGCUAAAUACUCUCUGGUGUUGUUCACACACGGAGACUACCUAAAGAAACAAACUAUCGAAAGCUUUGUUUCAAAGAGCGAAGACCUCAAAGAGCUCGUUCAGCAGUGCCGCGGGAGAUAUCAUGUAUUCAACAACCAAGUGAAAGACCGGGAACAGUCCGAUCGGCUCCUGGACAAGAUUGUCAGAAUGACGCUGGAGAACGGUGGAGGGCACUACACCACGGAGAUGUUCAGCAAAGCAAAAAGGGCCUCAAAGAAAGAGAAACGAAGAGCUUCGAAGGAGUUGAAGGCAGUAGAGCGGCAGAGGAGGAGCACCCUGGAGGCUGAGUUAGAGGGAGAAGUUACAGGAGGGUCAGUGAAACACAGCAGAUGUCUUCUGCAGUAGGAGGUGGACGUAUUCUGGACAGACCCUCCCCUUCCGUUGGACCACCACGGGACCUUAUUUCAGAAACAAU